GCCGUGGACGCCAUAUCUUCUCGUCGUUCAAUUCGACCUCGAAAUUGCCCCCCGUCUGCCGCUUGUUUGAUCACACGGCAAGGCAAUGAACGGGAUCAGUUCUCGUCAAUAACUCUGCAAAGGAUGGAUGCGUUACACCUGCAUGCCGUCGUCAACCAGACGGCGCCAUGCUCGCCGGCCGAGACGGUUCUGCUCAACGCCGAACUUUGGUACCCGGCGGUCCUCCUCCUGGCCUUCAUCUCGUCGGCCGCCACUUACAGCAUCUUGACCUCGAGAAGCGAAGAGGAGCUCGUCGAGCCCACCGCCACGGGCCCCGAUGGGAAGCCCCUGCCCGUCACGAAGCGCAAGAGGGAGGAUAUCCGCCGCCUGGUCGUGGAAGCGCAUAUUGGGACCGCCGCCCGUCGCGUGUUCCAGUAUCUUUCUGCUGCCGUUGUCCUCACCUUCUUGGCAGACUUCGUUACUGUUAUAGUCCACGUUUUUCACCCGGACAAGAGCGGCACGGCCUCUGGCUGGUGGUGCGGCGAGGAGAGGAUUGUUUACAUUGCGGGCUCAUUCUUCUUCUACGUCUACUUCCUAAUAUCCCUCGUUCAAUGGCACGACGUCCCAAAUCUCGUCCACUGCGUCGUCUGGACGCUAGCGCUGGUGGGCGAAAUCAUAAUACUCCUCGCGUCGAUCGUCCGAGUCUCUGGCUGGCAUUGUGUGAUAAGGGACGUCCAGAUCUGGCACGUCAAUAUGGUCUAUGGACCCGACAGAUGGGACCUUGCCGAUCUCAUUCUCGCUACAACCCGAGUCUCCCUGCUCAUUGGUCUCUUGUUCCUAUACACCGCCGUCGCGGCACAGCGAUACCGGAAGCAGCGCCGGAUCCUGGUCGACGAAGCUAACCAUUCCGAGUCGGACGAGGAGACACCACUCUUAAACGGCCACCACCAGCCAGGGUACCACACCCAAAACGACAGCCAGCGGGGCCAUCGACAUUCCCGGAGCGACUCCAGCCAUGGCAAUCCUAAUGGCACUGCCGACGCUGGCCACCAGGAGGAAGAGGCCGCUUUCUACCGCCCAGAUAAACUGCCGCACAAGACCUGGUUCGAGUACUGUCGCGGCUACUCCGUCUUCUUUCCUUACCUGUGGCCGAGCAGAUCCGCCAAACUCAGGGGUGUCGUCCUCAUCUGCGUCGUAUUGGUCAUGUUUCAACGCGCGGUGAACGUCAUGGUCCCAUAUCAGCUCGGGGUCGUCACCAAUCAACUGAAGAAGGAGUAUGAGGGCAGCCAUCACAUGCCUUGGGUCCAGCUGUGCCUCUUGAUUCUAUAUAAGUUAUUGCAAGGCCAGUCUGGAUUGAUCGGCUCCAUCCGGUCAAUACUAUGGAUCCCCGUCUCGCAGCACACGUACAGGGCGCUGACCACAGCUGCGUUCGAACACGUACACUCGCUAUCGCUGGACUUCCACCUGGGGAAACGGACCGGAGAGGUGCUUUCGGCGCUUAACAAGGGCGCAGCCAUCAACACCUUUCUAGAACAGGUCACCUUCUUCGUCCUUCCCAUGGUAGUCGAUCUCUUCGUGGCCAUCAUCUUCUUCUACAUCGCCUUUGGGCCGCUGUACUCGCUCUGCGUCUCGGUCAUCACGUUCUAUUACCUCUACGUGUCGGUCCAGAUGGCCCAGACGCGUGUGGACCAGCGCAGGGACAUGGUCAACGCCGACCGAGAAGAGGAGGCCGUCAAAAACGACUCCAUCACCUCGUACGAGACCGUCAAGUACUUCAAUGCCGAAGCCUUCGAGUUCAACCGCUACCGAGAAGCGAUAAAGGCGUUUCAGGUAGCAGAAGCACAGGUCACAAUGGGCAUUCAGCAUAUGAACAUGGCUCAAGCCUCUGUCUUCAUGUUCGGCAUAUUUGUCACCCUGAUGAUCUGCGGGUUUGAAGUCACCCAUGGUACCCGGGAUGUCGGCGAUUUUGUCCUGCUCAUAACCUACCUCAACCAGCUGCAGGGCCCGCUCAACUUUUUCGGCUCCUUCUACCGCACCAUCCAACAGGCGAUGAUCUCUGGCGAGAGGCUCCUGGAGUUAUUCAAGAUCCAGCCGAACGUUUUUGAUGCUCCGCACGCGGAGGAGCUUAAGGAGUGCGAGGGCAACAUCCGCUGGAACCAAGUCAAGUUUUCCUACGACCGGCGAAGGCCGGCACUUCGAGAUCUCAGCUUUGAAUGCGCCCCAGGGACAACGACGGCGUUCGUCGGGGAAUCUGGAGGAGGGAAAUCGACAGUCUUCCGGCUCAUGUUCCGCUACUACAACUGCCAAGAGGGCAGCAUCGAGAUUGAUGGCCGGGAUGUCAAGGAUGUGACGAUCGACUCUGUUCGACGGUUCAUCGGCGUUGUCCCGCAGGACACCAUCCUCUUCAACGAGACUCUGAUGUACAAUCUUAAGUACGCCAACCAGGAUGCCACUGACGAGGACGUGUUCGACGCCUGCCGUGCCGCUGCAAUUCAUGACCGGAUCAUGGGCUUCCCCGACGGCUACGAUACCAGGGUUGGAGAGCGAGGGCUUCGACUGAGCGGAGGGGAGAAGCAACGGGUGGCGAUCGCGCGGACGAUCCUGAAGAAGCCAAAGAUCAUCAUGCUCGACGAGGCGACGUCUGCUCUGGACGGUGAAACGGAACAGAAGAUCCAGUCAAAGUUGAUUAGCGGCAACUUUGGCCAGGGCCGCACGUUGCUGAUUAUUGCCCACCGUUUGUCAACAAUCACCCACGCCGACCAGAUUGUCGUCCUGCAUUCCGGCACGAUUGUCGAGAAAGGCACUCACGAAGAGUUGUUAGCUCUUCGCGGGAAAUAUGCCACCAUGUGGGAGAAGCACUGCCGUGCUGAGAGAGCGGUGCACGCAGCUCGGGUUGCCACCACGAAGGCUAAUAAACUUCUGGCCCAAGCCAACAUCUCGAACUCCGGAGAAGGUCAAGCAGAUGACCCCUCCGACGGGUAUGCAAGCAUGGCCUCGUCAACCAUGCUGCAGACCGGUCUUAACUCGCCUGACGGUGCGACCUCUGGGUCCCAGCGAGACGACGCAUCCCUCGCAGCCUCGUCGCCCUUCGAUGAAGAGCUGCCAAAUGACGGGUCCAGCCAUGGGUCGCCGUACGAAACAUUACUCGGGGCAUCGGACCGCGCGUCAAACGGGGCAUGUAACCAAACAGAAACACGGCACAAUGGGCGGCCUCGACACGGCGGCUCCCAGACUCCACCAUGACAUUCUGGCAAUGCCCUAACCCUGCACGCUCCCACUUAUAUGGUUCGUUUCGGGGCCUCCCCUUCGGCUCACCCCACAUAAGCGAACCGUAUAAGUGGGGGCGGGCACGAUUAGUCCCUAUACCAUUUAGCGACCACGACGACAUCUUCGGUAUCUUAUCCACCUUUUUUCCCGUGGUUAGAUGCGGUUCUUUGUGCACGACGACAAUCCCCAU